AUGAAGACGCUGGAGAUCUGGCCCGGGCCCGUCCCCUUUCGGCGCCCCGGGAUGAGGCAGAGACUGAACAGCCGGCGAGCAAAUCAGCGGCAGUCAGAAAGCCAUGUCCGACUCCGCGCCCAGCGCCCUAGCGCUAACCCGCUGAAAGUUUCUCCGAGAACCCGUCGGGACGAUCGGGACCCCGCGAAGAGAGGAACUGCCUUUGAAGCUUCCACCGUCAUUCGCUAUGAGAUUCUGGAGGAGAGGGAGAAAGGCUUCACUGUGGGGAACGUGGUCACGGACCUGGGUUUGGAUCUGGACAGCCUGUCAACCCGCAGGCUCCGGGUGGUGUCCGGGGCGAGCCAUAGAUUCUUUGAGGUGAACUGGGAGACCGGGGAGAUGUUCGUGAACGACCGUCUCGACCGGGAGAAGCUGUGUGGGACACUGCCCUCCUGUACUGUAACUCUGGAGUUGGUGGUGGAGAACCCGCUGGAGCUGUUCAGCGCGGAAGUGGUGAUUCAGGACAUCAACGACAACAAUCCCUCCUUCCCCACCGGGGAAAUGAAAUUGGAGAUUAGCGAGGCCAUGGCGCCGGGGACGCGCUUUCCGCUCGAGAGCGCGCACGAUCCCGAUGUGGGAAGCAACUCUUUACAAACCUAUGAGCUGAGCCACAAUGAGUACUUUGCGCUUCGGGUACAGACGCGGGAGGACAGCACCAAGUACGCAGAGCUGGUCCUGGAGCGCGCCCUGGACCGGGAACGAGAAUCAAGUCUCCACUUGGUGCUGACGGCGUUGGACGGAGGAACCCCCGCUCGCUCCGCCAUCCUUCCGAUUCACAUCACAGUGCUGGACGCGAAUGACAAUGCGCCCGCCUUCAACCAGUCCUUGUACCGGGCGCGCGUCCUGGAGGAUGCGUCCCCCGGAACUCGCGUGGCGCAGGUCCACGCGACGGAUCUGGAUGAAGGCCUCAACGGGGAAAUAGUUUACUCCUUCGGCAGCCACAACCGGGCUGGCGUGCGCGAACUAUUCGCCUUAGACCUGGUGACCGGCGUGCUGACAAUCAAGGGCCGGCUGGACUUCGAGGACACAAAACUCCAUGAGAUUUACAUCCAGGCCAAAGACAAAGGCUCCAAUCCCGAAGGAGCACAUUGCAAAGUGUUGGUCGAGGUUGUGGACGUGAACGACAAUGCCCCUGAGAUCACGGUCACCUCCGUGUACAGCCCAGUCCCUGAGGAUGCCCCUCUGGGGACUGUCAUCGCUUUGCUCAGUGUCACCGAUUUGGACACGGGCGAGAACGGAUUGGUGACUUGCGAGGUUCCAUCAGGUCUCCCUUUCAGCCUUACUUCUUCCCUCAAGAAUUACUUCACUCUGAAAACCAGUGCAGUGCUUGACCGGGAGACCGUGCCAGAAUAUAACCUCAGCAUCACGGCUCGAGACGCGGGAUCCCCUUCUCUCUCAGCCUUUACGACAGUGCUUGUCCAAGUGUCUGACAUCAACGACAACCCUCCCCAGUCUUCCCAGUCUUCCUACGACGUUUACGUGGAGGAAAACAACCUCCCUGGAGUCCCCAUCCUAAAUCUGAGCGUCUGGGACCCCGACGCCCCCCACAAUGCACGCCUUUCCUUCUUUCUUUUAGAACAAGGAGCUGAAACCGGAUUAGUGGGCCGCUAUUUCACGAUCAAUCGUGACAGUGGCAUCUUGUCAACCUUAAUGCCUCUGGACUACGAAGACCGGCGGGAGUUCGAAUUAACAGCUCACAUCAACGACGGGGGCACCCCAGUCCUGGCCACCAACAUCAGCGUGAACAUAUUUGUUACUGACCGCAAUGACAACGCCCCCCAGGUCCUAUACCCCCGGCCAGGCCAGAAUUCAGUGGAGAUACUGCCUCGAGGUACAGCUGCAGGCCACGUGGUCUCGAGGGUGGUAGGCUGGGAUGCAGAUGCGGGACACAACUCCUGGCUCUCCUAUAGUCUCUUGGGAGCCCCCAACCAGAGCCUUUUUGCCGUGGGGCUCCACACAGGUCAAAUCAGCACUGUGCGCCCAGUACAGGACACAGAUUCUCCUAGGCAGAUUCUCACAGUCUUGAUCUCAGACAAUGGAAAGCCACCACUGUCCACCACGGCUACCCUAACUGUGUCAGUGAUGGAGGAAUCUCCUGAAGCCCUGGCCGAGUUCCCUUCUGGCUCUGUCCCCCGAGAGCAGAAUAAAAACCUCACCUUUUAUCUACUUCUUUCUCUAAUCCUGGUCUCCGUGGGGUUCACAGUCACAGUGUUGGGGGUGAUCAUAUUCAAAGUUUACAAGUGGAAGCAGUCUAGGGACCUGUACCGAACCCCGGUGAGUUCCCUGUACCGAACACCAGGGCCCUCCUUACACGCGGACGCCGUGCGGGGAGGUCUGAUGUCGCCGCACCUUUACCAGCAGGUGUAUCUCACCACGGACUCCCGCCGCAGCCUUUCCCUGCUGAAGAAACCUGGUGCAGCCAGCCCACUGGCCAGCCGCCAGAAUACGCUAAGGAGCUGUGAUCCUGUAUUCUAUAGGCAGGUGUUGGGUGAAGAGAGCUCCCCUCCUGGACAGGUAAGAGUUAGCAAGUCAUCGCUGAAAUGUUUUAAUGCUUGUUGA